UGCCGGUGGCGCUAGAGAACUUAAUUUGACCACACCUGCCGGGACAAGAUGAAGAUGCUGGGGAUUCUCGCUCUGACCUGUGCGCUCUUUCCUCUGGCCACUGGCCUCAGCUGUAAUCAGUGUUUACCAACAUCACUCAUUUCCACGUGCACACAAAGUCAGGUAACAUGCCUUCCUGCAUUCACACAGUGCUUUACAGGGACUUUGAAAGCUACAGGGAUUACUGAUUUAACGGUGAAGUCAUGCAUGCUACCAGAGGUGUGCACAGGGGAUCCUUUAUCGAUAAAUACUGGAGCAUUGAAGCUGACUGCAAAACUAGACUGCUGUUCCACAGAUAACUGCAACUCCAAUACUCCUCCUGCUGCUUAUACAGACACUACCCCCAGUGGUCUGAAGUGUUAUUACUGUGAUGGAACUGUCUGCAAUAAGACUCUGACUUGUCAAGGGGUUGAAAAUCGCUGUAUCACGGCUGAUUUAAGUAACCAGAUUGUCAAGGGAUGUGCCAGUAACAGCGUCUGUACGGCAACUAUAGGAGAUCUGUCACAGGUAUUAGGCCAGGCAUUCAAUACCACAUGCUGUUCUGGAAACCUGUGCAACAACGCCAUGCGCACAGGGCAGAGUGUAUUUCUCCUGCUGGUGCCUCUUGCUUUCAUCAAGCUCUUCAACUGAGAGCUGAUAACGCCCACAUGCCUCCUUCUGGAAAGAACGAAUGUUAUACAAGUCGUAUAGAUGCCUGAUGAAGAAUGGUUAUCAAUCUCUUUGCAGUAUGGCUUGCAUUUUGUUAUGCGUGUCUGCAUAUGAAAAAUGACCUUCAUGAAUUGGAUUUUUCCCCCCUGAUUGGAAAGAAUUGUAUCACCCCCUUAGAGGUCUGCAGUGUUGUAUUAUUGAUCACAGCAAUUAAUUCCUCUCUGUGUUUCUGUAGCAGAAUUAGAUAAGGUCCUGUCUCUGAGGGCAGGAUUCCUGCAGGCUUUACAUUCAUAUAAUUACAUUAGCAAAUGAUCAAAACCUACAAAAAUGCAGGUGAUUGGACUCCUUAUCCAACUAUUUAGUUUAAUUAGGAAAUUACUUCAGGUGCAAUGUAAGCCAAAGUGCUGGAUCUGUCCAUUACUAAUCUAUAAAACACAUAUAACGUACAAACAUCAAGAAAUGUUUUUUGAUGACAUAAAAUAAAAUUAAGACCAAAA